AUGGCGACGGCGCACAUGCAGCGGCCCUACCCGCCCAUCUACCACCCUGCCUCCUCCGUCGCCCAGCAGGACCAGCAUGGCCGCUCGCUCUACGCCCAACCGCCAGCCCUCGGCAUGUACGCCGCCGCCGCCGCUGCCUACCCCCAGUACUCGCCCAUGAGCUCCCUCCCGCCAUACCAGCACCACCAGCAGCAGCCGCCGCACCAGCAACAGCCUCACCAGCACCAGCACCAGCAACAUCCGCCGCCGCCGCACCACCACCAGCCGCAGCACCAGCAGCACCAGCAGCACCCUCCCCAGACCCAGGGCAUGCUGAUGAGCCCCGUCUCCGCGCCCAUGCCCCAGAUGCAGCACCAGCAGCAGCAGCAACACCCUCAGCAGCCGCCGCCGCCGCAGCAGCAGCACCAGCAGCAGCAGCAGCCUCCCCAGGGCCCGUCACAGGUCAGCCCGCGCAUGAAGCUCGAGAGCAGGCCCCAGACGUCUUCUUCGCCAACAACAAACUCCGGCGCCGCUCCGGGGCCCAUCCCGGCAACCACCCCGCUCGUCGUCCGGCAAGACACAAACGGCGUGCAGUGGAUCGCCUUCGAGUACUCCCGCGACCGCGUCAAGAUGGAAUACACCAUCCGCUGCGACGUCGAGAACAUCAACAUUGAGACUCUACCGCAGGACUUCAAGACCGAGAACUGCGUCUACCCGCGCGCCUGCUGCACCAAGGACCAGUACCGCGGCAACAGGCUCGUCUACGAAACAGAGUGCAACGCCGUCGGAUGGGCGCUGGCUGAGCUCAACCCGUGUCUCAGGGGCAAGAGAGGCCUCAUCCAGCGGGCGGUCGACAGCUGGCGCAACUCGCAUCAGGACCCGCGGCUGAGGAGCCGGAGAGUCAAGCGCAUGGCUAAAGCGAAUAAUCGCAAGGCGGUGGCCCAGCAUGCCUCGCAUCUCAGCCAGCACCAGCAGCAGCACCCCCAGCAGCACCCGCAGCAGCAGCAGGCUCAGCAGCAGCCGUUGCCGGGUCUGCCGCCGCAUCAGCCGCAUGAGAGCCAUGCAGAGGACGUCAAUGUUAGCGGUAUGUUUCAGCAGAUGUAA